UGCCACAUUGGCAUUAAGUCAUACCCAGAAUAAAUUUAAAACAAUAUGACAUAAGAAAUUUAAAACUUAAUUAAAAAAUUAAAUUAAAAGAAUAAAUUUAAUUAAAACAGAACUAUACCCAGAAAAAAAAAACAAAAUUAAAAACCCAGAACAAAAUUUAAAUAAAAGAAAACUAAAAAAUAAAAGGGAAAUAAAAUCAAAACAAAAUUAAAAGUGGACAGAACCACACUUACACUUAACCCCUUGUCCAUUCGAACCCCUAACACAAAAAACCUCACCAUCUCUUCCACCAUUGUCGUCUGCAACAGUGGAAACCCACACCCAGCCCCGAAGUAAGAAAACCCAGCCCCGAAGUAAGAAAACCCACCCCAUUCAGGCGACGGUGUAAGGAGGCGAAACAGCAACAAUGACAUACCGUAGGCGCGGUUCGCACGAUCCCCCACCUGUGAAUGAAGAGGGUGAAUUCACAGUGAAGCUUAUACAUGGGGGUUUAUGGUUUUCCCCAUUUGGAAAUAGAAGAUAUGAGGGAGGGUGUUGGGAGUAUUUUGAUCACUGUAAAAUUGAAGGUUUUACUAGACAUGAUUUGGAGGACAUGGCAAGAAGCCUUGAAUAUAGGUUUCCUUUUGGUUUCCUGUACAAGCCCCAUGGGAAGCAUUUAAACAUGGGUUUCAUGGUUGUAAACAAUGCUUCAAUUCAGCUCAUGUUGGAGGAUUUGACAGGUACAAUUUUAAACUUUUUUGUUUGUACAUAUGUUAGUUGUUUGAUGUCAUAGGUUUUAUUGUUGUCAAAGUUGAUGAGUUAUGGUUGUUGUUGUUCUUUUUGGCAGCUAGAAAUAAUGCAGAGGCUAAUGU